CACGACUUCCAUCAUAUUCUGGUUAAGGAAGAAGAUCGACCAAAGACGGCCUUCGUGUUGUUUGAAGGAACGUGGCAGUGGUUUCGGUGUCCUAUGGGGAUUUGCAAUGCGCCUGCCACGUUUCAACGGGCUAUGAAUGUGACGUUUCAGAACUUCGUCAACAAGACGCGGCUAACUCAGGGGAUGAUCAACUUCUGCAUCAUCGUGUAUAUGGACGACAUACUGGUCUACUCAGAAACCUGUCAUGGACACGCGCAACACAUUGAGUGGACGCUGGGAGCUCUGAGAGAUGCUGGGUUCAGAAUUGCGCUCGAGAAGAGCGAGUUUUUCCUAUCGGAGAUCUCGUUCUUGGGCUACGUGGUGACGCGGGGAGGAAUGCGGUCAGAUUCGAGAAAGGUCGCGGCGGUGAAAGACGUCCCUGGGACUGGUGUCGUUCUCGGUGAGCACAUGCCGGCGCCACGUGGCGAUAUUUCGGCGAUCAAACAACUCCAUCAUCCACGGAUCAGUCCGGAUCUUCUCCGAUUUGCGCAGUUCUUCAACACCACUGGGGUGUACGUGGCGGCGGAGUUUCGUUUUGCGGCCCAUAGCAGGGCACUAGUGUUGGCAGAAGCAUUGGCUUAUCGACGGCUUUUGGCGCCAGGAAUCAGCCACGUGUCUACAAUGGUUGUCUUCAGCGGGGACAUCAGCACGGUGGAUCCUGCGAGGCAUACGGCCAUCCGGACCUCGCUAAGGGAGUGGGGUGAACAGUUAGCGCAGUGGCGGAUGUGGUGCGAGCAUUACCUCGCCCUUUCGCUGUGCCUGACCGAGGUAGAGCUGACGUGGACACGGGACAGUGAGCAUCGUGCCGCGAGGGAGAGUGUGGAGCUGCUAAUCAUCCAGACCUGGAGAACGGAGGUGGAAGGAGAUCUCCGUGGGUUCGUCUUCGGAGCAGUAGAGCCAGGCCAUCGGCAGACGAUCGUGUGGGAGCUCACGAUCCCCUUUGCACAGCUGGUCGACGACCUCCCCCUCGACAUCAUAUCGCAGUGUGACGAGAGCCGAGUGCCGCACAUUCUUUCACGAAGAUUAACGCCGUAUUUACAGUGGUCAGCCUGCUUAGAGGAUCGAACGAGAGGUGGCAGCUACCCAUCGCGUGUGGAGUAUCUGAACCCCCAGGGGAUCAUCGACGUCCUUUUCUUUCAAACUCGAACAACGGUGGAAGAGGAAGCGGAGGUGGAAGACGAAAGCGAAGAAGAAACCUCAGAGGAGGAAGGAAGCUACAGUGAGUACAACGAGGAAGAAUCGAGGGCGGAGAGUGAAGAAGAAGAAGAAGAUCAGCUGGAGGAAGAGGAAGGAUUUGAGUGGGAGACACUGGGUGAGGAGGCGGAUCGUGCAGAAGCUCAGGAGGAGGAUCCCGAGGCGGCAGCACGACGGAGAGGAGAUCGUGACCAGGAAGCAGCCGCUGGAGUACACGAGUGGUGCGGAUCUGCCAAUCCCGAGCGACCCGACCAAGGAUCCCGAGCCGCCCAAGAACGACGAUGGGGACCCUACUGUCGAGACUUCGAGCGCACCGGCGCGGAGGCGACGGAGCCAAUCCCCCUCCCCCUCCCCCAGUCCCCCAGUUCAAACACGUGUUGAUGCGGGGCAUCGGGCUUCGUCCACGGUCGUUAUCCCGUCGUCCCCUUGAUUACCUCACCCUCCGCCAGAUCACCGUCCCGA